CGUCUCAAAAAAUUUACGGUAAAGAAAUAAGAGGAAUAUCUUUUUGAAAAUGGCAAUAUAUGAUUACGUUGGCCAAUACAGAACAUGAAUGAAACUUAAUAAUCAAAGGUAUUAUUGAAUCAAAUCAAAUCAAGGGGAAAUGACCCUUCAACCGAAAACACUUCGUUCCCGCAAAUUUCCUUUUCUUUAACCUCACUCUCCGCCUCAUUAUUAUUUAUUAUUCUUAAAUAUCAAGCAAAACCCAGUUCAAGAAAGCUAUAUCAGAUUGACAUUCUUGCACAUUUAUUUCGAAAAAACAAAAAUGGGUGUUUUUUCUGGUCAUUGGCCUUCUGAAUCUGAGUUGGAUAAAUUAAGACAGAAAGUCGCCGAAAUGUCUGGUAGAGAUGCUCAAGAGGUCAGGGUGGUUGUAUCACCUUACAGGAUUUGUCCAUUGGGCGCUCACAUUGAUCAUCAGGGGGGAACCGUUUCAGCUAUGACAAUCAAUAGGGGUAUACUACUUGGUUUUGUUCCUUCUAAUGACACCCAGGUUACACUACAAUCUGGGCAAUUUAAAGGAGAAGUUCGGUUCAGAGUAGAUGAAGUUCAGCUUCCUAAGCAUAUCUCCAAGACAAAUGGUUUGAAUGAACAAAUUGACUCAUCCAAACCUCAGGAAGAAUGCAAAUGGGGUAACUAUGCUAGGGGAGCAAUAUACGCCCUGCAAAACAAAGGAAAUCCUCUGAAAACGGGUAUCACUGGGUUUAUCUGUGGUUCUGAGGGUCUUGACAGUUCAGGUCUCAGCUCUUCUGCAGCUGUUGGUAUAGCAUAUCUGUUGGCUUUCGAAAGUGCAAAUGGUCUUGUAGUGUGCCCAACUGAAAAUAUUGAAUAUGAUAGGCAGAUUGAAAACGAAUAUUUAGGUUUAAAAAAUGGUAUAUUGGAUCAGUCAGCAAUAUUGUUAUCAAGCUACGGCUGUUUGACCUGCAUGAAUUGCAAGAUUUCACAUUCUGUAGAAAACUCUGACAAUUAUAGACCGCAUGUGCAGACCAUAAAACACAAACUGAUACGCCCUCCAGAGGUGCAAAACAAUCAUGUCGGAGAGUUAGGUAAUGCAUACAAGAUAUUGCUGGCCUUUUCAGGUCUGAAACAAGCAUUGACAACAAAUCCUGGAUAUAAUCGGCGAGUUGCAGAGUGUCAAGAGGCUGCAAAAUUAUUGCUGCAAGCUUCAGGGAAUGAAGAAGUGGAACCUGUUCUAUCAAACGUUGAACCAGAAGUUUUUGAAGCCCACAAGAGCAAAUUAGAACCCGACCUAGCUAAAAGAGCAGAGCACUAUUUCUCUGAAAAUGAGAGAGUGCUGAAAGGACUUGAGGCUUGGGCGUCCGGAAACCUUAAAGAAUUUGGAGAGCUUAUUACAGCAUCUGGUCUAAGUUCUAUUCAAAACUACGAAUGUGGUUGUGAACCACUUAUACAGCUAUAUGAGAUUCUUCUGAAGGCUCCUGGUGUACUUGGGGCACGGUUUAGUGGUGCAGGAUUCCGAGGCUGCUGUCUUGCGUUUGUAGAUGCAGAUAGAGCAGAAGAAGCCGCAAUGUUUGUCAAGAACGAGUACUGUAAGCUCCAGCCCGAGUUGGCAAGCCAUAUCAACCAAGGGCCGGCUGUAUUGAUAUGCGAUGCAGGUGACUGUGCACGCGUGAUCUGAAACACUGCCAGUUAGCUAAACUUGUAAACGCACUCAGGUUCAUACUUGUAGCUCCACGAUUUCCCAUUUUUUCAUCCAUUCUUUUCAAGUGAUUUGUCUUCUUGUAUCCUUACUAUUUCAGUUUCCACAUUGACUUGGUGUAUAUUAUUUUGGAUGUUGAAGAAAGAUUGUGUCAAUAAUUUGUAUUGGCCUCCAUUGCCCAAUUUGUGUACGAAGUCUUAUUAGAAUUUUGAGGAUCCAA